UUACAGUAAUAAUUGUAAUAUGAGACUGAGUGUCUAAAUAUACAGGCACAAGGGCGAGUUGCCUGUACCAUGUACCAUACAUUGAAGAGUUAGAGGGAUAGGAAACAGAGUGGUGCACGUGAUGAUUUUACAUUGAAUCUGCAGUGGAAUCUCGAAAAUUAUCCGCGUUACGCCUUAUGAACGACGCUAUUAAGCACAUUUUUGCCGGGUAACUCCCAAAGCUGUGUUUCCUCGAGACAUCAUCUCUUUCAGCAAUUUAUAACACUCCUAGUCCAUGAGCCACGUGUAGUUCUUGCUAAUGACUGACCACACCCAGUAAAAAGAGACUUUUCAAUAAAGUUAUAUGUUCCCAAGGCUGUUUUAGAUCUAGAGCUAUUGGAACAUGUAACGUGUAAGCGUGCUGGUUAUGACUACUACAAUAGGUAUAGACCUUGAAAUAUAAGUGAGUUGCACGGACUAAGCACAGUUACUUGUAGUUUAUUAUAAUAAUUUUAAUUUAAUAUUCACAAGCAAACACAUGAUCAUGACAUCAUAAAAAUUAUGUCAUUUUGACAUUCAUGGCUUCCGAUCCCCAUGUACGUACCUGGAGACAAUAUAAAAGGCCACAGGCUAGGACAAACUCAAAAGCAAAUUAACAAAAAGCCGAUGAGUACACUAGUGUGUGUAAGCUGUCAAGAGUAUGUGUUCCACGAUCCAUACCAAUGUGAUUGUGGAGACAGACUCUGUAGCAAGUGUUAUAACUCCUAUGUUGAGAGAGCCCAGAAGAAGUUCGUCUGUUCAUCCUGCAAUGAAGAGAACAUUGUGGCCAACUGUUUCCGAGACAAGGCAGUAGAGUACGAGCUUCGGAACGCCACCCUCAAUUGCCUGAACCAGUCCUGUCCCUGGGAGGGGGAGAGCAGGUUCUAUCAGGAGCAUAAGAAUUCGUGCAAGUUUGGAUCAGUACAAUGCCCCAACUCAAUAUACGGUUGUAAAGAGAAACUGAUUAGAAGUCAAUUACAGGACCACUUCAACAAUAAAUGCAACUUUAACCCGAUCACUUGUCGAUGGUGUGGACAACGCACCCUCAAUGAAGACAUGAUCAAGCAUACUAAAACAGUGUGCACUCACCAAGUAAAAGAAUGCGACUACAAAGACUUGGGGUGCACCUACAAGGGUACCAUCAAGGAACUAACGAAACAUGCGAAGGAGUACCCUGCAUAUCACAAUGAACUACUGAAAAUGGCCAACAAAGAAAUAAAGCAAUCUCUUGAGCACCAAAUUGCCUUAAUAGACAACAAAACAGACGCUCUGAAGUCGGAAAUUAGCAAAAUUCGAUCUGAGGUGCAUUCACGACUACAACCAGUAACAGAUGCUGUGGUCAAAGCUGAGUCAGCAAUUAUCCAGCUACAAGAUGAACUCAGUGAGGUAUCUUUGCUAUUACAAAUACUUCAAGCAGCCAGUUACGAUGGAAUAUUCAUUUGGAAGAUCCCUGAAGUCACUAGGAGAAGACAAGAAGCUAGAACUGGGAAAACUGUCUCUCUGGAUGGUCAUUUUUUACAAACGCUUCAAGUUACAUUGCCCUCCAAACUAAAGCGAGCUAUGGAAGAUGAACUGCUUAAACUUAAAGUCGAUUUGAGACAUUUGGUCGAAGACUUGAGACCGCUGGCUGCGCAAUGGAGGUCACUAGGAGUGCAUCUUGGAGUGCCCCCUAAAGAGCUCGACUGCAUUGAGAGCCGAGUGGCCACUCCUGAAAACUGUUUCGCUCGAGUGCUGGAUCGAUUUCUCUCCACCCACCCACACACUGGCGCUGAUGACAGGAGACUGUGUACAGAGGUCAUCAUUGAGGCUCUGAGAUUUCCGGCUGUAGCCAAGGGCAACCUCUCUAGAGACAUCGAGAGUGGAAAAAUCAAUCUUGUGUACACAGUACGUGGCCUUUUCCGAAUUCUAGGCUGUUGCACAGCUCAAUGGCAACAGUUUGCACUAGCACUGGGUAUAAGCCCUGAUUUCACUGACGGUCUAAGAAUUGAGCAACAUAACGUGAGUCAGUACUUUUCAGACAUGCUGAGGUAUUGGCUGGAAAAUAGUGAGUGUUGUGUGGCUGAUUUGGUGGACGCUAUAAGGCAUCUGGGUCAUAGGAACCUUGCUGACAAGAUACAAGAAGAGUAUCGUGGGAAAUGUCUGGUAGUAAACGCACAAGAUACAAGAACAUAUCUUUGAAGAUACAUGUAAGAUAAUUGAAGUCACCAUGCAGAUCACCAAAAGACUAUGUCUAUAAUUAUAUGCAAUAAUUAUAUAAUUAUAACAUCAUUAUCAUUUAUGUAUUUUAAUUUUGCAAUGUGCAGUGCCUUUAUUUUUUAUGAAUCAUGCAAAACUUAUUAAUACAAAAA